CCAUUCAUUUGGUUACGAAUUUCGCUGUAAAAUAAGAAAUACUUUUCAAAGUUUCAAAAGCUUUAGAGGACUCGCAGAGUCAGAGGUUUGGUAUUAGUGUUAAGCGUUAACAUUGAAAGUGAAGGCGUGAGACAUAACUGAAGGGAACGGACCAUACAUUUCGUACAUUUCCACUCUUCUCGCAAUACAAUUACUCACAAACUCUUUGUAUUUCUAUUUUAAAAAACGUUAACUUUUCUCAACUGAAUCGCAAUUUGACUCAUCUAGUGCACCGAAAAUGCCUCAAAGCAAACAUCUUAAUUACUAUGGAUUUCUGGGACUAUUCGUUGCCUUAGCAUCCGUGGCGUCCUUUUUCAUCCUGAAGAACAAGGACUGCACUAUAUUUACGGGCGACGACUACCCCAAACUGGAGAUCAUCCAAAUCACGGGAACCAUCACUGGAGGCAUACUAUUUAUACUCAGUUUCUUCAAUAUCGCCGGAAUAUUAUACGACAUAAAGAUCUUAUUCUUCGCGGCGAUCGUGGCAAUUUUGGUGAUCGCCGGGGUCAUGUUUUGGGGCGCUUUCGUGGCAUUUUCCGAGCCCUGCAAAGAAUUCUUUCUGGGAAUCAAUGCAUCCGUUUUUGACAAGAAUGCCUUCAAAGCGGAAGACGGGGCCAACAUUGCUAUUAUGGUUUUGGACGCAUUGGCAGGACUUAUGCUCUCAUCCAUUGGAUUCACAUUUGGAAAACGUCUCUAAAACAGAUCUCAUAUUUUUCCAUUUUAUCUACACUUUGUUUUCAGUACUUUAAUUAAUUAUACACCGCUUUUGAUCGCAUCAAACAUUUCUGGUUUAAAAUACAUAUUUAAACUGUGAAUGAAUUUCAUUUUGUCUACAAAAAUAUAUAUAUACUCUCUGAAUAUUAUAAUCAAUUGUGAUGUUAAUUCUUGUGAAUACAGUUGACGUCCAAAUGCGCCAAAUAUUGAUAAAGUGCUAUAAAUUUAUUAGUCUUCACUUGAUUUUCAUAUAGAAAGCUUUUUAUACUUAAUUUUCGUAUUCAAAGUAAUGUAUGAUAAAUAUGAAUUUCAUUUAAUCCCAAAACAAUUUAUUCAUUAAUUGAAAUUUGGUUUAAUAAAAAUUAGAUUUACAUGUGUGAUUAUAAUUUUGCACUUAAAAAUUUAUGGUAUUUUCAAUACUGUAGAUGUAAAUUGAGAAUUAAAUAUUUAUACUGCAAUACAUAAAAAUCAAGUGAAUAACAUGGCAUAAGCUUAAUAUAGCAUUAUUAUGAACCCAUUGAAAGUGUAGUCCAAUAGAAAUAGUAAUCCAAAGAAAGCCUUGCAUUAGAUAAUAAAAUAAUGGAUCGAUAAAUAUCUUGCGUUUUUAGCUACUGUUUCCAUAAAUAUCUUUUACUUUAUUAUUACAUAAACUGUUCUGUAGUUUGACUUUUGCCUAACAAUUGAAACAACAGUCCACUGACUAUUAUUACACAUAAUCUACUGUAUAACAUGCAGUUUAUCUGAUAAUAUAUCAGACUUUUGAUGUCUUCUAUUUUAUUAUUAUUAUUAAAUAUUGUUAUUAAUAUUAUACUAUAGGCUUGAAUGUAUUAAUAUUUCAUCACCAAAUUCAAUCAUUUAUAUAAAUAUUAACUAUUAUUUUACACAUCCGUCGA